AUGAGCUUCUUCAACUCCAUAGGCCGUUCCAUGGGCCGAUCAUCACGUCCCAAGAAGUCGCCCACCCAGACGUCGAUGCCCACGUUUGACCCAAACAGCGCAAACCUCCAGCAAAGCUAUCCGCGCAGCCCGACCUCGGCUUCGGCCUCUGGAUCCAGCCUCGGCGCCAAUGGAAGGCCGCUCUACCUGUGCCAGCCCUUCGUCGGUGCCACGCUGGUCAAGGGCAGCCUCAAGUCGAUCGUCACUGUACCCAAAUACGUCGAUCCAAAGGAAUGGGUCGCAGUGAACCUCUUUGACUUUUUCAACAAUCUCAACCAGUUCUACGGCGUCCUCACCGAAUUUUGCACCAUCCAGAACAACCCCACCAUGUCGGCGGGCGUCGGCCUCGACUACACGUGGAUCGAUCAAAAUCGCAAGCAAGUCAAGCUUCCGGCUCCCCAGUACAUCGACUACGUCAUGACCUGGGUCGGAGGCCUGCUGAGCGACGAGGCCACCUUUCCGACAAAAGCAGCCCGGGAGUUCCCGCCCACGUUCCUCACCACGUGCAAGCACAUCUACAAGCAGCUGCUGCGCGUCUUCGCGCACAUCUACCAUGCCCAGUUCCCGCACCUCCUGCACCUCUGCUGCGAGGGCCACUUCAACUCGCUCUUCGCCCACUUCAUCGCCUUUGGCACCGAAAACCGCCUCUUCGAUUUCAGAGAGUUCAAGACGAGCGGCGGCAGCGGCGGCGGCGCCGUCGCAUCCAACGCCGCGGGUGCCGAACGCGGCGGCUACCCAGGCGUGUGCGACCUCAUCGAAAAGUGGGUCGAGAUUGGCAGACUGGAUCCCGAGUGCAUCGGCACGGCGCCGGCGAGAUAG